AUGGGGAAGGCGGACAAAUACGAUAUGUACUCUGUGGAGAUGGAGAAGCAGCCGGGCCGGGACAUGGAGGUGAAGAUCAAGAAGAAGGCCACCAAAGGUGCAAAGAAGAAGGAAAAAUUGGAAAGCAUGAAGAAAGAGAUGGUUGUGGAUGACCACCAGUUAGAAGUGGAAGAACUGGAGCUGAAGUAUCAGACCAGUGUCACCAAGGGUCUGACCAGCACAGUGGCGGGAGAGGUUUUUCUUCGCGACGGCCCCAAUGAGCUCAAGCCUCCCAAGGGCACUCCCGAGUAUGUGAAGUUUGCCCGUCAGCUGGCUGGAGGGCUGCAGUGCCUCAUGUGGGUGGCAGCCGCCAUCUGCCUGAUUGCCUUUGGCAUUCAGACGGGACAAGGCGAUCUCACCAGUGCCGACAAUCUGUACCUGGCCAUUGCCCUCAUUGCUGUGGUGGUUGUGACCGGCUGCUUUGGCUACUACCAGGAGUUCAAAAGCACCAACAUCAUUGCAAGCUUCAAGAAUCUAGUGCCACAGCAAGCCACAGUGAUUCGAGAUGGGGACAAGUUCCAGAUCAAUGCCAACCAGCUGGUGGUGGGCGACCUAGUAGAAGUCAAAGGGGGAGACCGGAUCCCAGCGGACAUCAGGAUUAUUACAUCACAGGGGUGCAAAGUGGAUAAUUCCUCAUUGACUGGGGAAUCCGAGCCUCAAACCAGAGCCCCAGAAUGCACCCAUGAGAACCCCCUGGAAACCAGAAACAUUGCCUUUUUCUCCACCAUGUGCUUAGAAGGCACAGCGACUGGGAUUAUCAUCAACACUGGAGACAGAACCAUCAUUGGGUGUAUCGCCAGCCUGGCCUCGGGUGUGGAGAACGAGAAAACACCCAUCGCUAUUGAGAUAGAGCACUUUGUAGACAUCAUUGCUGGCUUGGCCAUCUUCUUUGGUUUUACCUUCUUUGUCGUCGCUAUGGUUAUUGGCUACCCCUUCCUCAAGGCCAUGGUCUUCUUCAUGGCCAUCGUGGUGGCUUAUGUCCCUGAGGGCCUUCUGGCAACUGUCACUGUCUGCCUUUCCCUCACAGCCAAGCGCUUGGCCCGGAAAAACUGUGUGGUGAAGAACUUGGAAGCUGUAGAGACUCUGGGCUCAACGUCUGUCAUCUGUUCUGACAAAACCGGGACCCUCACACAGAACCGCAUGACCGUCUCCCACCUUUGGUUCGACAAUCAGAUCCAUACGGCAGACACCACAGAGGAUCAGUCGGGGCAGACUUUUGACCAGUCUUCGGAGACUUGGAGAGCUCUCUGCAAGGUGGUGAGCCUCUGCAACCGGGCCUCUUUCAAAUCAGGCCAGGAUAGUAUACCUGUGCCAAAGCGGAUUGUGAUUGGAGACGCCUCGGAGACCGCCCUGCUCAAGUUCUCCGAGAUCACCCUGGGAAACGUGAUGGAGUAUCGGGACCGCUUCAAAAAAGCCUGUGAAAUCCCCUUCAACUCUACCAACAAGUUCCAGCUCUCCAUUCAUGAGCUAGACGACCCACGAGACCAGCGCUACCUGCUGGUGAUGAAAGGAGCUCCCGAGCGCAUCCUGGAGCGUUGUUCCACCAUCAUGAUCAAGGGCCAAGAGCUACCCCUGGAUGAGCAGUGGAAGGAAGCUUUCCAGACCGCGUAUAUGGACCUUGGCGGGCUGGGUGAACGUGUGCUGGGGUUCUGUCACCUGUUCCUUCCCCAGAGCGAGUUCCCUCGUGGCUACCACUUCAACAGUGACGAGAUGAAUUUCCCUACCAGCGGGCUGUGUUUUGCAGGCCUCAUCUCCAUGAUAGACCCACCCAGAGCCACCGUACCUGACGCCGUCAUGAAGUGCCGCACUGCGGGAAUCCGGGUGAUCAUGGUGACAGGUGACCACCCCAUCACCGCCAAGGCCAUCGCUGCCAGCGUGGGCAUCAUCUCAGAAGGUAGCGAAACAGUGGAAGAUAUCGCCACUCGCUUGCGCAUCCCUGUGGAGCAGGUCAACAAGCGUGAUGCUCGGGCCUGUGUGGUGAACGGGGGCCAGCUAAAAGACAUGGAGACCGAGGAGUUGGUGGAGAUCCUCAAGAUGCACCCAGAGAUGGUCUUUGCACGGACCUCCCCUCAACAGAAGCUGAUCAUUGUAGAAAGCUGCCAGAAAUUGGGUGCAAUUGUGGCAGUGACAGGAGACGGGGUGAACGAUUCGCCUGCCCUGAAGAAGGCUGACAUUGGUGUGGCCAUGGGCAUCGCCGGAUCUGACGCAGCCAAGAACGCUGCCGACAUGAUCUUGCUGGACGACAACUUCGCCUCCAUCGUUACUGGCGUCGAACAGGGCCGCCUGAUCUUUGACAAUCUCAAGAAAUCCAUUGCCUACACCCUGACCAAGAACAUCCCAGAGCUGACCCCAUAUCUGAUCUACAUCACAGUCAGCGUCCCUCUUCCACUCGGUUGCAUCACCAUCCUCUUCAUCGAGCUGUGCACAGACAUUUUCCCCUCUGUUUCUCUGGCCUAUGAGAGGGCGGAGAGUGAUAUCAUGCACCUGAAGCCACGCAACCCUCGACGGGACCGUCUGGUCAAUGAAGCACUGGCCGUCUACUCCUACUUCCAGAUCGGAGCCAUCCAGUCUUUUGCGGGCUUCACUGACUACUUCACCGCCAUGGCCCAGGAGGGCUGGUAUCCUCUGAAGUGCGUGGGCCUUCGGGCAGAUUGGGAGAACGACCAUCUGCAGGACCUGCAGGACAGCUACGGACAGGAAUGGACUUUCGGGCAACGCCUGUACCAGGAAUAUACAUGCUACACUGUCUUCUUCAUUAGCAUUGAGAUGUGCCAGAUUGCUGACGUACUCAUCCGCAAGACGCGGCGUCUCUCCGUCUUCCAGCAGGGCUUCUUCCGAAAUAAAGUCCUGGUGAUUGCAAUCGUGUUCCAGCUCUGCCUGGGCUGUUUCCUCUGCUACUGCCCCGGGAUGCCCAACAUCUUCAACUUCAUGCCCAUACGAUUCCAGUGGUGGCUAGUGCCUCUGCCCUACGGGCUCCUCAUCUUCGUCUAUGAUGAAAUCCGAAAGCUGGGAGUCCGAAGACACCCUGGAAGUUGGUGGGAUAAAGAACUCUACUAUUAAGAACUGCACUUUGGGAGUCUGCUUCUCACCACCAGCACAAGAAGCUACAGCAACAAGGAAUCAAAAGGACUUGCUUCUGUCUUUGACUGCACUGCUGAACCAAACUGGCUGCAUUUCACCUCUCUAGAUUAGGCGUCAUAGUCCAGGGGUCCCAACUCAGCUACUUUUGGGCAAAGAACUGAUUGUUCACCAAGAAACUAUUUGGGGAGAAGGGUGGCAGUCCGGGCUGUGUGAUCUUGCAGAGGGAGAAAUAGAAAGAGGGCUGUGGGAAUGCUGAAAUCACGGACAAGUACUGAAAUUGGUAUUGGAAGAAUUGUGAGAAUUAAAGUGGUUUUUAAAAAAAUAAUUAAAUACCAAAUACCAAC